GAAGUAGAGAGUGAGGCGGUAGUAAUAUGGACCAAUGAGAAGAGAGAUCAGUCUUCAGUGCUGAACGUUGUGGCACGAAAUUCAAACAACAACAACUGAAAAGCGAAUGAGGUUGUUCAGAUUCUCUGACCGUCAUCAUGAUGUCCUUAAGGAGUAGAAUCCAAGUAUUAAACGAGAUUGCACAAGAAGAAAAGGCUGAGUACAGAUCUCCGGAAGAGCUUUCCAAAAUAGCAGCAUUCAAUGAAGCGAAACGAGAGAAACGGCGCCGGAAAAUCAUCAAAGAAAUCUUUGAAACGGAGAAGACUUACCAAAACCUCUUGGACAUCAUACACCGAUUCUUCUAUUUCCCGCUGCGAUUCGACUGCAUCAUCCCAGAGGCUGUCCACAACAAACUGUUCAGCAACAUCGAACAAAUCCAACAUGUGAACAUAAAGCUGCUGGAUCAAAUGGAACAGAACACCAUAGGACAAGCUUUCCUCUCCCUGGGGCCUUUUCUCAAACUCUACUCCACUUAUGCUAACAACCACACUCAAGCACUGGCCACAUUCCAAGAAUGGUUACAGAAAAGCUCUGAAUUUGCUGAGUUCAUCCAAAACCAAGAAGCCAGGCCCGAAGUUAUGGGAUUAAAGUUCAAUGCAUUAUUAAUCACACCUGUUCAAAGAGUUCCAAGAUAUAAACUGUUGUUGGAAGAUUUACUGGAACACACGCCCACCUCUCACUACGACUACCAUGACUUACAAGAGGCUGCAAAAGAAAUCUGCAACAUAGCGUUCCACAUCAAUGAACAUAUCCGACAGCAUGAAAACUUUCAGAAGAUGCUCAGCAUCCAGAAAUCUCUGGGAACGACUCCGAAAAUCCUGUCUCCUGGUCGAGAGUUUAUUCGAGAAGGAGCACUCCGAAAAGUCGCUCGUAAAGGAGGCAAGUCUCAUGACCGAAUGUUCUUCCUCUUCUCCGACAUGCUCAUCUAUGCCAAACCAAAGUUGCUGGACACUUGCAAUUCUUUCAACUGUUGCUGUGUUUUGCCACUCAGACACUGCACCAUACAGCGACUGUUUGAAGAUAACAAGGAACUCCACAGUGGUGGCAUGUUCCAGAUCACCUGCAAAGAGGAGUCCUUAGUUCUGUAUUCCCUUGAUCCUGCAGAGGUCACAAACUGGAUAGAAUGUCUGGAAUCGGCAAUUAAGAAGCUCACAGAAAAUCGACAGACCUUAAAGAAACCCAGCAGUAACAAAGUCCCACUGCGGGGCCGGACACUAUUGAGGCAGAAGAAACUUGACAAAAAAAAUAGCCGGAAGGUGCGACCAACAAUUCAAAAAUCCCUGCUCUUUACCCAGGACGAGAACUCCCCUACAUCUGAUGUAAUGGAAUCAGAAGUCAAGGAGUCAACCCCAACCCCAAGGUCAAGGUCUCAUUCUCCAUUCCGUGAACCCGACGCAAUUCUUGAUUCUUCAUUCAAAAGAAAAUGGGAGAAGGAAGCCUCUGAAAUUGAGAAACAACUCUCAUCAGAACUGUGGUCGUCAUCUCUGACUUGCCCAGCUGGAGCUACGUCUUCCCAUCAUGAUGAGAUGGAUUCUUUUAUGUUGGUCGAUGAAGGUUUAACAGAGAACAUAGGUAUCGACCUGCUGACACCAGAAAACAAUGAAAACAUCAACAACAACAACAUCAACAACAUUGACGACACACCCCAGCUCCCUCCCCAGAACAAUAUUCGAGAAGGCCGGCCACGCCCACUUUCUCAGUUUUUCAAUGCAAGCCAUGAGGACCCACCACCCACAAGGUAUAAAUCCCUCAACAGUGUCUUCUCUUCCACCAGACGACGUUUCCAAGAUCGAGAUCAGCGCUGUUCCUUGCAGUAAAUUAUUGAAAUUGUUUAUUUUUACAAUUUUCCAUCGAAUUAUUCCUCUUCUUUGCUUUUAUCCACAAUAAAAGCCAACCCACCCCACCUCCAGUCUUCCAAUCGCCACCUCCACCUUUUCCUGUUCUCUCUCUCCCCCCCAACUAUUCCACCCUCCUCACUCUUUUCCUUCUCUCUCUCUUUCUCUCUCUGACCAUUCCAGCCCAUAACUGAAGCUCCCUUCUCAAUCCUCUCCAAUUUCUCUUCAGGUUCUGAUUUUAUCCCAGAAGCCAAAGCACCAAACCCAGCUUUUAGUUUUGUUCCUUGUUUAACCGUUUUCAAAUCUAAUCCCGAGUUAAUUCCAUUUUUACCUUUCAUUGCCAUGAAUUGACCCUUUAGCUUUUUUAAACUGGUCAUAUCCAACCCAAACAUUCUGUUGCAUGUUCAGACUGACUAGAUCCAACCUCUCACACCUAACCUACAAUGUUAUUCUGAAAAUGAACAACCACACCAUCAAAAUCUUAAAGCCACAAGAUAAUCCAGGAUUACAUUGAAAACCCUGUAAAUCUGUGUCCUUAUCUCUAUAGAAGUAAUUGUUUGUCCAAAUAAACAAGUUCUGUAGAGGUGGUCAGGACUGGAUAUAAUACCUUGUGGCAUUCAGAUUUGUUCUAUUUAUCUCCUGAGUUCAAUUCCUGUUGCAGUUGUCUAGGUCCUCCUUUUUAUAGGGGUUAGUCUCCUCCCUGGUCUAAAGAAAAUUUCAACAGCCUCUGCAAUUGAUCUCACUUCAGGAAGCUCCCCACCAAACUCCACCUCACUGGGCCACACCAACCAAUGAAGGGGACUGUUUAUGGUGCCUCAGUCUGUUAGAAAUAGCAACCAAAUUUCCUUCAAACCACACUCUACCAUCUUUGGAUAAUGUGCUCCUGGUGUUCCCUGUUUGUUGGAACAAGGCAGGACGGUCACAAUUGGAGUGGCUUUGAUCAUAGAUUUUGCCAGUCAAGUCUUAUAUGAGGCAGAACAACAACACUGAACAUCAUUCCAGGGUUCCGCUAUAACACAUUCCAUCACACUCCACCACUCCUCACUUUGCAUUGAAGCCACACUCCACCACAUUAUGAUCUCCCUCUGCUUAACUUACACCAAUCCAUUAACAAAGCCUGUAUGAAAUAAGUCCUCUACUGUAUGGUGUGUUGCCUGUUUGUUAACACUCAGUUAUUGUCAAACAACUAACGAUGACUGUCUUUAUAACAUUCCUAUAAGAUGUGAUUGAAAAAAACUUACUGGGUUGAUUAUAUGAAAGUUACCCUUCACUUGGUGAAGGACCCCCUUUGUUUGCCAACAGAGUAAACGGCUCACAAAUUCCUCUUCUCCAUACUAUACUCUUUCCAUACCCUUGUUACUCCUACUUCCACUGUUGAUGAUGUUGCCUAGGUAACAAAAACUAUCAACUGUCUUCUGAGCAGUUGAAAUGAUUCUUGUCCCGGCUGUUCUUCCUGACAAUUCAACCUCCUUCUUGCACUCCACUUCCUUCUCCUCCCCUUAAUCCUCCUCCUCUUCCUCCCCUCUCCUCAUACUAAAUCCUUUUCCACUGACCCCCCCUCUGUUUCUAUUGCAUCUCUCUUGUCCACCCACACUUUACAUUGACUUUUGGCUAAAGAGUUCUAACUGAUGCUGAUUCUUUUUUUACCAAGCAUGGCAGCAGACAGAAAUCUUUUGUCUCUGCUUGGUUGACCUUUAGGCUUCCUGAGUCUGGACCCUGAUUCCAUGUUAAGAACUUUUCCUCUAAUUCUUUGGGUGAUCUGGAAGUACACCCUUAACGUAACGAAGUCCCCACCACUGACGGUCAAUCUUGAAGUCAUGGAAUUAAUUAUGGUAAAUAGCAAAGAGCAGAGAAGCAAACCUUGAUGGACUUUAAAUUUCUCUGUGAACCUGUAACUAACUCUACUCUUCUUCAAGCUUGCACAGGAUUACAGGGUGUGGCACCCUGUCAAAGACUUUCUCUGGGUCAACAAAUGUUAGGAUUAAUGACUUGUUCUUGGCUAAUAACUUUUGUAUCUGUCUCACUAAGAAGAAGUCAUCACUAGUUCUUCGUCUUGACCCAAACCACUGCAUCUCACCAAAGCCAAUACACUGGUGGAAUUUGGAGUCGGGGAAGAAAUCGGAGUACUCAACAUGGACAGUCCACUAAUAAAAUUUAGUGGAAGAUAAAUCCUAAUUCAGAGUUUGUUGUGACCAGGUUUGCUGGCCUAUUUAUCGGUUAUGUUCAAUAUAUCAGGCAUGUCGUGUUGUUUGUUAUUCACUGUCAUCAUCAUCAUCAUCGUUUAACAUCCGUUUUCCAUGCUAGCAUGGGUUGGAUGGUUCGACCGGGGUCUGGGAAGCCAGGAGGCUGCACCAGGCUCCAGUCUGAUCUGGCAGUGUUUCUACUGCUGGAUGCCCUUCCUAACGCCAACCACUCCGUGAGUGUGGAAAUGUAUUAUAGCAUGUAUCAAUAUUUAUGGAAAUACUCUGCAUGUAGCAUAUCAAUUGUGUGGAAUUUUACUUUUAUGACAAGCACCAACUCAUCAGUGGAAAUACUCUGUGGUAAACAGAGUAACUUCAGAACUGUGAGUUUGUGUGGAAAAUUACUAUUAUAACAUAUCAGGUGUAUGUGGAAAUUUAUUAUUAUAACAUAUAUCAGUUUAUCAAUGGAAAACUAUGGUGGAUAUAUCACCUGUGUUUGUGUGGAAACUAAUUUACUGUGGUGUUGUGAGUGGAAUUACUGUGUGUGGCAAACCAAAUGCAAGCAUAUCAAGUGAUUGUGUGGAUAUUUAGUUCCAAUAGUCUUUGUGUGGAAUAUUAUGUUAAAACAUAACCAUGUGGUUGGGGUUGUGGUGGAUCGUUCUGUAUUGAAGCAUUGGACGGAUGUGUAAAGUUAUACUGGUUCCACACAGAUAUCAUCUGUGGAAAUGGUAGGUGUGUGUGUGUGGAAAUAAUGCUGUCACACAAUAAAAUUAACAUAUCACUGUAGUGGUAGAAAAUUAUAAUUAUGUGAUGUAGAAAUUAGAAUUUUUUUAGUGUGGUAAGAAGCUUGCUUCCCAACUACAUGGUUCUGGGUUCAGCCCUACCAUGUGGCACCUUAGGUAGGUGUUUUUUAC